AUGCCUCCCACCCGAAACCCUUUCCAGCAGCCUACGUUGAAUAACGAUGAUUCUUUCUUGGGGAAACUGAGGGCUUCCAAGAACUCCGAUGAGGACACAGGUCCUGGAGAAAUCGGUUUUCAGCCUGCCUCCGUGUCCCCGUAUUCAGGGGCCGAGAGGGAACACAGGACUGAGAAGUAACAGUUAAAGGCAACAGGAAAACCAGAGGAGCUGGGCCCACAGAGGGUGGAGAGAACAUUUGAGAAACUCAGAAUCAUGGUGCCAGAAACUGCAGAGAUACCGCCAUAUGAGAAUCCAGCUCACCUUGCUCAGCAACAGGAACCCUGGAAUCGGCUCAACUCAACUCUCACAGUCACCUCCAUGAGGCGGAGUGCUUAUUAUUUUGAACCUGAGGUACCAAAGGAUGACCUGGAUUUCCGCUUAGCAGCCUUGUACAACCACCACACGGGGGCGUUCAAGAACAAAAAUGAGAUCCUGAUACACCAGGAGUCCACCCAAGAUACCCACGGAAUCAGCAAGAUCCAAUCCCCUGGAGAAAGCGUACUCCCUCCCCCACUGCCGCCCAUCACUUCCCGAGCCAACAUCAGACAUUGGACCAGCCCUACGAGGGACUCCAUCUACAGCAUCCAGGGGUCCAUAGUGUCCCCUCACACUGCAGCCACCAAUGGAGGCUACUCCCGAAAGAACGAUGGUGGUUUCUUCUCCACCUAAUGGUGACCGGCCCCUGGACUAAUUAGUCAUAGUGCAACAUCCUGCUGCCCACCUCCAUUAAAAAAAUUUGUGCAUGAUGAA